AUGGAUAAAGUACUCAGCAAGAUCCAAAUGCACAGGAUCAAAUCUAUUGAUGUGAAGGCUAGUAAAAAUGCUGAGAUUCAACAAUCGACAGAUGAGCCAACAGUUGCUAGUGAUGCCACACCGGAAACGCUUUGUGACACUUGCAAAGAUAUCAGGAUCAAAGAUCUCUUCCUUGAUCGACCAGACAGACACGGUCACCGGCCUCAACAGGAUACACCGACUCCGCCCUUACUAAUGAAUCUUGGAUACUUGGACGAUAUAGUCAAGAAACCAGACUGUGUACUAUGCCGUCUCGUCAUUAGAGCGCUUGAAAAGAGCUGGACCUCUCUGCCCGUACGGUUCAACAAAGGACUGUUCCAUGACUUCGCACGCACUGAAAUUGUACUUGAGUCCUGCGAGGCAACAACGUCAGAGGGUCCGAUCCGAUCUAUCGAGAUCCACGUCGUCUGCGAAAGACGAAAACUCAACCGAGCCGAGGAGGAUUGCGAGAAGAAGUUCCCGCCGGAGCUGCGUCUGCUUGUCGAUGAUGCACCUGUCUUGGGUCUUCAGGAGCACGGUCACGGGCGACUUAUCUCUUCUGUCUGCGAUAUAUCACUUAUGGCUACCUGGUACAGGAAAUGCAAGACAAAUCAUUCAGAAAACUGCGAGGAUUUUAGGAUUGUUAAUGAACAUGCGUUUGAAAACCCGGAAACAGAUGAGGUGCCACAGCGUAGGCUGCCGCCGGACACGCGCCUGAUUGAUGUUCAAAAGAUGCAGCUUGUGCCAGGAGAGGACGCGUGCGAGUUUGUGGCUUUGAGUUAUGUUUGGGGGGAUUUCAAGAACGACAAGUUUGAAACGAAGACAAGAAAUCUCAAGAAACGGCAAAAGGAAAAUGGCUUGGGUAAGGUAAGAUGUCCCAGGACCGUCGCAGACGCCAUCCGCUUAGUCAGAGAACUUAACAUUAGAUUUCUAUGGGUGGAUGCCCUAUGUAUUGUCCAAGAUGGGGUUGACAAGGGAAAUCAGAUUCAGACUAUGGACAGAAUCUAUGGCUUAGCUUCACUGGUCCUCGUGGCUGCUGGAGGUAUUGACGCCAAUGCCGGGCUGAUUGGCUUUCGAGAUAGUCCGAGAACAGGGAAUGAUCAGCACGUACAAGUCGUCCAGGGGCUACGGAUAGUUGUGUCAUCGCCACCACUUGACCACAUUCUUGAAAAAUCAAUUUGGAAUACAAGAGGCUGGACUUUCCAGGAAUGGCAUCUUGCUCGAAGGGCCUUGUUAUUUACAGAUCAACAAGUUUAUUACGUCUGCUCCAGCACAAGUUUCUCAGAAGAUAUUGCCCUUGAGACAGUCAGCGCACAUUCUUAUAUUGGCUUGAUCCUCGAACAAUGCACUGCCUCAACUUUGAGGCACUACCUGCCAAGCAGAUACUCUCCCCUCACAGUGAACAGCGGAUGGGCAGAUUAUCAAAAAAUUGUCGAGAGCUAUUCUCCUCGAGAACUUAAAAAUCGGUCAGACAUUCUUCUAGCAAUUUCAGGUCUUUUAAAUAAUCUUCACCGUGCCAGCAGGAACCGUUUCAUCUGCGGCAUGUCGAUUGGAUUAUUUCAUGAAGCUUUAUUUUGGGUUCCAACAGCAGAUCGAGAUGGCCUACGAAGGUUCUCUGACGUCAAUCCUGUAUUGUUCUACCCUACGUGGUCGUGGGCUGCAUGGAAUGGUCCUGUGAAGUACCACAUCUUUCCAGCUAGCGAUGAGCCUUUGAUCGAGAAGUGGACAGUCAUUUGUUUAGAUGACAAGCUAGGGAACCCUCAGGUCAGCGUUCUCGGGACACCGCUAUCAGAGCCUCAGGACGACCGAUGGGUCGAAGGCAGCACUUCCCUUGCUGGUCGUCUGACAGCGGACGAAGAAGCAGAGAAACGUCGCAAGGGUACAGGAAACAUGGUCGCGAACUGCUUGCAGCGGUGUUUUUUGACUUUUCAAGCCUCGAUUGCAACCCUUCAAAUUGCGCCCGUCCUCGACGACCUCAACUGCAGAGCUGAUGGACUGCUCGAUAUGCCUGGCAGGCGGAUUGGGAUCGCACUGUUAAAUAAACAGGCGACGGCGCUGCAGCGGAUUGGGAUGUCAACUGGCUUCCCUAAGGUCCAGUGCAUUGCCAUCUCGGUAUCAAGGUCAACGAUCAGUUAUAUGAAUCAGCCUGGAUUCACCAUGCUUCGGAAGGACACGGAGUGGGUGAAUAUCAUGCUAGUGACUCAGAUGAAGGAGUGUUACUACCGCUUUGGAGUUGGACAAGUGUCGAAGUAUGGAUGGGAGAAUUGGGCAGAGCCUGAGAUCAGAGACAUAGUUCUGGUUUAA